ACGCGCUGCGGCGGCGGAGCCUCCGCGCUGCCUCAGUCUGCAGCGGGCAGCAGAGGAGUUGCGUCGUGUCCGAGAGCGCUGCUGUGCUCCUGGGCCCCUCGCGCUCCGCCCCCGCGGCCCACGGACCCACUGCCCCUAGGAUCCCCUGCCCCAAGCCGCCACCAUGAACUACCUGCGGCGCCGCCUGUCGGACAGCAACUUCAUGGCCAAUCUGCCAAAUGGGUACAUGACAGACCUGCAGCGCCCACAGCCGCCCCCGCCGCCACCCUCAGCCGCCAGCCCUGGGGCCACGCCCGGCUCCGGGACAGCCACUGCCGAGAGGGCCUCCACUGUAGCGCCAGUGGCCUCUCCGGCAGCCCCUAGUCCCGGGUCCUCGGGGGGCGGUGGUUUCUUCUCAUCGCUGUCCAACGCCGUCAAGCAAACCACAGCAGCUGCAGCUGCCACCUUCAGCGAGCAGGUGGGCGGUGGCUCUGGGGGCGCAGGUCGCGGGGGCGCCGCCGCCAGGGUGCUGCUGGUCAUCGACGAGCCGCACACCGACUGGGCAAAAUACUUCAAAGGGAAGAAAAUCCAUGGAGAAAUUGACAUUAAAGUAGAGCAAGCUGAAUUCUCUGAUCUCAAUCUUGUGGCUCAUGCCAAUGGUGGAUUCUCUGUGGACAUGGAAGUUCUUCGGAAUGGCGUCAAAGUUGUGAGGUCUCUGAAGCCAGACUUUGUGCUGAUCCGCCAGCAUGCCUUCAGCAUGGCUCGCAAUGGAGACUACCGCAGUUUGGUCAUUGGGCUGCAGUAUGCUGGAAUCCCCAGUGUUAACUCUUUGCAUUCUGUCUACAACUUCUGUGACAAACCCUGGGUGUUUGCCCAGAUGGUUCGACUACACAAGAAGCUUGGAACAGAGGAAUUCCCUCUGAUUGAUCAGACUUUCUACCCUAAUCACAAAGAGAUGCUCAGCAGCACAACAUACCCUGUGGUCGUGAAGAUGGGCCACGCACACUCUGGAAUGGGCAAGGUCAAGGUUGACAACCAACAUGACUUCCAGGAUAUUGCAAGUGUUGUGGCACUGACCAAGACAUAUGCCACUGCCGAGCCCUUCAUUGAUGCCAAAUACGAUGUGCGUGUCCAGAAGAUUGGGCAGAACUACAAGGCCUACAUGAGGACAUCAGUGUCAGGGAACUGGAAGACCAACACUGGCUCCGCCAUGCUUGAGCAGAUUGCCAUGUCUGACAGGUACAAGUUGUGGGUAGACACGUGCUCUGAGAUUUUUGGGGGACUUGACAUCUGCGCAGUGGAAGCGCUGCACGGCAAGGAUGGAAGGGAUCACAUUAUUGAGGUGGUGGGCUCUUCCAUGCCACUCAUUGGGGACCACCAGGAUGAAGACAAACAGCUCAUCGUGGAACUGGUGGUCAACAAAAUGACUCAGGCUUUACCUAGGCAGCGACAGAGGGAUGCCUCCCCUGGCAGGGGCUCCCACAGCCAGACUCCAUCCCCAGGAGCCCUGACCUUGGGCCGCCAGACCUCCCAGCAGCCUACUGGACCUCCUGCUCAGCAACGACCCCCACCACAGGGAGGCCCUCCACAGCCAGGCCCAGGACCUCAGCGUCAGGGUCCCCCACUGCAACAGCGCCCACCCCCCCAGGGCCAGCAGCAUCUUUCUGGCCUUGGACCUCCAGCUGGCAGCCCAUUACCCCAGCGCCUACCGAGUCCUACAGCAGCACCUCAGCAGUCCGCAUCUCAGGCCACACCAAUGACCCAGGGUCAAGGCCGCCAGUCCAGGCCAGUGGCAGGAGGCCCUGGGGCACCUCCAGCAACCCGCCCGCCAGCCUCGCCGUCUCCACAGCGUCAGGCAGGGCCCCCACAGGCUACCCGUCAGGCAUCUGUCUCCGGUCCAGCUCCACCAAAGGCCUCAGGAGCCCCACCAGGAGGGCAGCAGCGCCAGGGCCCUCCCCAGAAACCCCCAGGCCCCGCUGGUCCCACUCGUCAGGCCAGCCAGGCAGGUCCCGGACCGCGCACUGGGCCACCCACCACACAGCAGCCCCGGCCCAGCGGCCCAGGUCCUGCUGGACGUCCCACGAAACCACAGCUGGCCCAGAAACCCAGCCAGGAUGUGCCGCCACCCAUCACCGCCACUGCCGGGGGACCCCCGCACCCCCAGCUCAACAAAUCCCAGUCUCUGACCAAUGCCUUCAACCUUCCAGAGCCAGCCCCGCCCAGGCCCAGCCUUAGCCAGGACGAGGUGAAAGCUGAGACCAUCCGCAGCCUGAGGAAGUCUUUCGCCAGCCUCUUCUCCGACUGACACCCCACUCUGAGAACCCCUAAAUCCCUAGACAACCCUCUCUGGGUCCUGAGUCCAUUUCUCACUUGUGGAUUCUCCAAAUCCCCUGAGAACUCCUCUCCCGGUUCUCCAGCAUCCCACUUCUCAUCCCUCAAGAUGCUGAUAU